CAGGAAGUAGUCUUGUACUGCUGAAUGCUACCUGUAUUUCCCCUCUGCUUGAUUAAAUUGUUCUUAUUCUGAAGCCACAGUGAGACUCUCCCCUACCUUCUGUCGCCUCCUCCUGCUGGUUCUCCUCCUCAAAGGCACACCGGAUGUCAGGCAGGGAAUUAAGAGAAACGAACUUAACAAAUCAUGUUUUAGAUAUCAAGACAUAGACCAAGGAACUCAAACUAUCAAGAUGAACGAACAUAGGAGAACCAAUUCCUUGAACCACAAGCAUCUGAAACUGAAGGAAGAAUGUGGUUGGCAAAUGUCAGGUCCUGGCUAGAUUGAGAUACCCGACCAAGCGUAUGAGUGAUGACUUGAAAAAGGGCUUUGAAGCACAUACAAGCACACACACACCUCCUCCUGCUCCUUCUCCGAUACUAGCCUUGUUCAACUCACUGACGACUUGAAUCGUACAUACGGCGACGAGGACGACGAGAGCGACGAGAACGACGACGAUAAAGACGAAGGCAGAGCCUGCCUUCAGCUGCCUUAAAUGAGCCAGCAACCAAAUAAUGAUAUGAAGCCAUCUUCCAUGAUCAAAGAGUUAACAGAUUCAUUGCCUAAUAAGUGUCCAGUGACGGUAAUCUCAUACCCUCAGAUGCUUCUGGGUACUCCAUUCGUGUAGUGGAACCAUCCGAUCGAUUGAUGACGAAAUCAAAAAUGUGUUCCACUGACAGCUGAGGGAAUGCCAGUGUUUUUGUUAUCCCCCUGGACAGUUCAAAUGAGAUGGAUCCGGACCAGUACUGCCCGUUAUGAAUCAUAAUGGGCAGUUCCUUCCUCAUACAAACCAAGUACCACAACCACCACAACAUUUCGGGCAACACAAUCAUGGGUUAGUCCAAUAUCGUGGUCAACACUACCCCAACCAGCAUGCAGGCUAUAUCGCUGGGGCGGGUGGGGGGUACCAUAUGGCUUCAAUGGGAUCUCCCCCGAGUCAAAGAGCGGACGGGGCCAUAUAUCAUCAAUCAGGACCAGGAAUUGUACCCAGUGGGUAUCCGGCCCAUGCCCUGCCGGGCAAUGUACCCUCGAUGCACCACCGCUUCACGGGCUAUCCAACACAAACGGGACCUUCAACAGUAGUCCAACCACCACAACAUCAAUACUAUCAACAUCCAUACACCAACAACUACCACCUACAUGAUCCCAAGUCCCAAAUAAGCCCGCAACCUCCUCCACAGCAUGCAAUGUAUCCGCAGCAACAACAUUUUCAACCGCAUCAGCAACAACAACAACAACAACAUCAACAACCACAAGGGCAUCCAUAUUCAUCUCAAGAAAGUAAUUCACAUGCCAUAUAUCCUCAAAACCAAUUCCGCCCAGCCAUACCCCAUGGGCAUCAACAUUAUCCCGCCUACUUUCAAGGGCCUCAAACUAAUCCUAAUGGAUAUCAGUACGGCCAUCCACAACAAAGAGCUCCAAUGCAACCAGGGACUCCAGUCAUGGUCCCCAAUCAUAACUCAAUGGCUGCCAACCCAAUGUGUGCUCAACAACCAUCGAACGGCAUGGUUCAGGCAGCACCUUUCACGCAACAGCACAUGUCAUCACACAUGCGGCCUCAAAUGAGGCCGCGCGUGCCCGGGGCCUUACAGGUCCAUAAUUACCCCAUGCAUUCCAGUCAGUUUCAAUCGUUGCUAACGGCGUCGAGCAUGAAUCACAUGGAUAGUCAGCACCAACAUUCCAACAUGAGAAGGCUACGUCAGAUGCCUCUAGGCAUCGGAGGUCCUCAACUUCAACAAAUGUAUCCUCAACAACAAGAACAAAAUACGCAUUCAGAGGACAGUCAAGGAUUUAGUCACGCCUUUGUAGAGUCGCAUCAAAAUCAAACUUUGGACCAAGUAAAUGGACCGAGCUCGUCCAAUGUAAUAGAAACAGGGCCAGGUCAGGAUGUGGUGUCAUCUGGGAAUUACGAGGAUAUAGCUCCCCAAAUGAAUUUGCAUCCAGAAAUCGGCACUACAAAGCAAGCCUACCUAGAUGCCGAUGGUCCACCAGAUGUCAACUCCUCAAUCAAUGAUGCAAUGGACCAGAAUAUGACGACAUUGCUCGGAACAGAAAAUCAAGAUUUCAACACCUUAAGUCAAGAUCCUCAUGAAGUUAUGCAUUUACCCGAGGAGGCGCCGCCCAAUCAAGACAAUUCAAUGAUGUUGCCAAUUAUGACCGAGUCAGAAUUAAUUACUUCUAGUUUAGAGGAAUCGAACACUGAGAAUCUUCCAGGACCAACACCAGCAGUAACGGUUCCAAGUGUAAUUGCAACCAUUGACAAGAAGUUUACAACCACCGUAAGGGUUCCAUUUGGAUGGCGUCGUUUAGUUUUAUCGGAAAGCGUAAUUUACUACAGUCCAAGUGGCGUUCAAUUGAGGUCAAUGGAUGAUGUAAAAACUUACCUUUUACGGGAAGGUACCUGUAAAUGUGGGUUGGAGUGUCCCAUUCGAAUUGAUGAAUCAUUCGACUUUGACGAUACUAAACAUUCGGAAGCACAGCCUUUUGUUAUGGAUUCAACAAUCCCUUCUCGCUAUUGUGCUCAUAAGAAACUGUUAGCAGGUCUGGCUGCCUUAGACAAAACCCCAGCCUUCAUGACACGAAUUCAGCAUAUUCAUAAUCCCGUCAUUUCUACAAAACGUGGCCCUCGUCGUACAAAGAAAAAGGUGAAGGCAUUUUCAGGAAUGAAGGUCGCCCAAAUGCUGGAGGCUCGAGAAGUGGAACGUCAACGAAUUAAUGAGAUCAUAAAACAACAGAAGCAAGAAUAUGAAGCCCAGCUGAACCAUACAGCGGUGACCUCAACCACUCAAGCAAUUGUUUCAAGUGUGGCAACAACGCAUGUGGAAAAACCUCCGACACAAGUGGGGAAAAAUGAGGACAAAAUCGCUCCAUUGCUCUCCGAUGAUUCGGAAUCUCAAAGCAAGGCUUCUCAAAAAACUACAGAGGCAGGGAUUGAUAACUUAGAAGAGCCAGCCCCAAAGGAGUCCCAACCACCCAUCAAUGACAAUCCCAGGCAAGGAGUCAGUAAAAAUCUGGAAAUAAGGCGAAUGUCAAACACCGAAGAGGGGAACAAGAUUCUAAACGACGCAUGGACAAGUCCAGACAAGGACAAGGGCCAAACGCCGUUACAAAUGGUUGAGAGCAUUGUAUCAAACAUUAACAACCUUCCAAAACAAGAAAGCACUCCACAAUUGGAUCGAAUCCAUCCUUCCGAGACAACUUCAGGGAUGGCCGGUGGGGGAGUCAAAGGCAACUCCAAAAAGAAGGCUUUGGCUCAUAUUGCACCAAGUCCAUCAGUGCUUGGACAGAACCAACCCAAUACAGCCACGAGAGCACUAACGCUAAUGCAGAACCCCUCUCUCACAGUUCAGGCAGCACCCUUAUCGGUCCAAAUGUCGACCACAGUGCAAACAACGACGAGUGGCGUUCAUCAUCAUCAACAACAGCAGCCCGUAAUGCAGUUAGUGAACACAUUAAAUGGACCCAUGAUUAUGCAUGCGGUCCCGUUUAGUGGCGCCAAUGUGGUUCACGCUAUGGCCGGUUCUCAAAACCAAUUGGUCCAUCCAAUUUUGCCUGCUCAGGCCCAAGCCAUUCCCGUUUCUACAAGUGGAUUAUUUUCCAAUGUCACCAAACCCAUCUUGAAAAAGCGGCAGAAGAAGAAGACGUCAGAGCAUCAACAACCAACUCCGGGUAACACAAUGCCAAUUCCAAUAAUCAUGUCCACGGCACCGGCCUUGGCUGCAUCUCCGGCUACUCUGACCGCUGGAGGGACGCAGCAGAUUAUAACUAUUGGCCAAGCUAGUCAAGGGGCAGGAAUGAUGAGUGCAUCCCACGGUCUCGGACAAUUUCUUCCCCACCAGAAUGUGAUGGUCAACCAAGCUGGCCAAGUCGUCACAAAUCUUGGCGGACAAAUGAUUGUUUCUAAUGGAGGAGCCCUCAUGACAAUGCCUACGGUCCAAACAGGGAUGGUUCUGAACCAGUUACCUGAUGGAACCUUCAUUCAAGUUCCAACUACUCAAGGCAUGAUAAGUCAACUUCCCAUUCUUCAUGGAAAUUGCCAACAGAUUUUGGCCAAUGGAGGUCCGAUUAUCAUGAAUAGCAACCCGACAGGUAGUAAUCAUCAGAUCAUUCAUAGCAAUGGUGGCACUUUCAUUUUGGCCUCGCCCGGUGGUUUGGUUCAAGCUCAAGGCCUGGCCUCGUCAUUGCAGCCAGCUGGUCUCGUAUCUCCGCGACAACACCAGCAAAUCAUGCUCUCCACACCCGGUCCCAGUUCUGGAUACGUGUCACCUUCUAAGAGUAAUUUAAGUCCGAAUACCUCGAUCAAGAGCCACAACACCACCCCCAUCGAGCUGGGAGAUACAUCCAGCAGUGAAGAUGAAGAGGACGAUGAUGAUGACGAUGGCGAUGAGGAUGACGCUGACGAUAACGACGACGUCGAGGAUAGCAAAGAUUCCAGUGACAGUGAAUCAGAUGGUAUUCAGCACCAGUCCAUCUUGCCUUUGAAACAAAGCCCUAGUACAAGUGGGCUCCGGCGAAAGAGUCCGAUCAAGUUGAGUCGUCCCACGACCCCGGUGAAGAGUCGAAGUCCGCGAUAUGGAACUCCCUCAAGAAGUAGGAACAACAGCAAGUCAUCCUCGAAGAGAUCCACACCCGAGUCGUCCAAAACUAGUCCGAGAAUAUUUAUCCAGAGCAACCAAGUGGACAGUUCAGGGCUCAAAGCCACGCCUCCACACUCUGCCUGUGAUUUCGAGUCCCCCUCCACGUCCUCAAGUCAUCUUCACCAUCACCAUGAGCGUACCAAAGAAGUCCACGAAGAGGAUGAAGAACCUAGUCUGGAUACAAGUGGAAGUACUGACGACGGUAAGGGAUCUCGCAUCAAGCGUCGACGUAAGCGUAAUGCAGAGGAGAUUCUAAAGGAGGAGGUCAACCUCAGCGACGAAGACGAAUCUGACGAAUCGGUGAAUACGGUUAGUGAAGGCCCGAGACAAUUUUCCGUGGGAGAGGUGAUUUGGGGAGCGCACGGAAAUUUCAACUCCUGGCCUGGAAAACUUAUCAAAACCUUCCCAGAGAGCCGAAGAGUUCGGGUUUGCUGGUUCGGAACCAAAGAUGUCUCAGAAGUGGAGUCAAACGCCUUGAAAAGUCUUUCAGAAGGGCUCGAAGCCCACCAUAGAUCCAUUAAGAAAAUAAGAAAGGGAAGGAAAUUGAACGCGUCUUUGGAACGAGCAAUUCAAGAGGCUAUGACAGAAUUGGAUUGAGUGAUCCACCGCGAUUUUGCCGCAAAAUUUAAGCGUAUCAAUGUGAUAGUACACUAUAUAAAAGGAUAAACACAAUCGCCCACCCAUCCCGCCCCUAAGAUGUAAGCUACUAAGCUGUUUCUCAAAAGCAUCGCACCAUACCCAUCAUUAAAGUACACAAAAUAAAUCGUUCAUACAGAAAAGGAACACUAAUUAAAGAUUUAAAAAGUCACAUUGACUUGACAUCCCCCUUACUAUAUACAGAGCCCUUUUCUUCCCAUCCCUUUGCACCUGCGCCUACUUCCCCCAUAUUGUAAUAUAAUUUAUAAUUGUCACCACCUCCGACUAUUCCCUGGGAGUGGAGGAGAUGAAAUAAGUCAAAUAUAAAACAAACCGUUAUGCAUAA